UGUCGCCCAGGCUGGAGUGCAGUGGCAUGAUCUCAGCUCACUGCAACCUCUGCCUCCCGGGUUCAAGCGAUUCUUGUGCCUCAGCCUCCAGAGUAGCUGGGAUUUACAGACGUGCGCUACCAUGCCCGGCAAAUUUUUCUAUUUUUGCAAAGACAGGAUUUCACCGUUUUGUCCAGGCUGGCUUGAACUAUUGACCUCAAGUGAUCCAACCUCCUUGACCUCCCAAAGUGCUGGGAUUACGGGGUGUGAGCCAUCGCGCCUGGCCACUUUCUCCAAAGUUUUAAACCAAAGCCUUCUUUGGCAGAGCUAGGACCCUUCCUCUAUGGCCCAUUCUAUCCUAUGCUACUUCCCUUUAUAAGGACACUCCCAUUGUUGUGGUAUAAUCAUCUCUUGGUCUCUCCAGACUCUCCCACUCUGAGCCCUCCUUACAGCCUAGAAAAAAUGACAGAUCUCGUAGCUGUUUGGGAUGUUGCUUUAAGUGACGGAGUCCACAAGAUUGAAUUUGAACAUGGGACUACAUCAGGCAAACGAGUAGUAUAUGUAGAUGGAAAGGAAGAGAUAAGAAAAGAGUGGAUGUUCAAAUUAGUGGGCAAAGAAACAUUCUAUGUUGGAGCUGCAAAGACAAAAGCGACCAUAAAUAUAGACGCUAUCAGUGGUUUUGCGUAUGAAUAUACUCUGGAAAUUAAUGGGAAAAGUCUCAAGAAGUAUAUGGAGAACAGAUCAAAAACCACCAAUACUUGGGUAUUACACAUGGAUGGUGAGAACUUUAGAAUUGUUUUGGAAAAAGAUACUAUGGACGUAUGGUGCAAUGGUAAAAAAUUGGAGACAGCGGGUGAGUUUGUAGAUGAUGGGACUGAAACUCACUUCAGUAUCGGGAACCAUGACUGUUACAUAAAGGCUGUCAGUAGUGGGAAGCGGAAAGAAGGGAUUAUUCAUACUCUCAUUGUGGAUAAUAGAGAAAUCCCAGAGAUUGCAAGUUAAUGAAUUUUAAUCUUAAGAAGUAAAGAUCAGGACUUUUUAAUUACUGUGGUAAUUAAAUGUGUUCAGUAUGUACUUAUCAGUACAUUUAGUCUGCAGUGUUUUAAUUUUUUAAAAAGUUACAUGAAACUGUAACAUUCCAAGGGUCAGGAAAAAAACCAAUUAUGUAUAGUCAUAAAAAUUACAAUUUAUGAUGCAAAUAAUGUAAAAUGUUUUAAAGACAAAUGGCAAAUAAGAUAUGGACCAAAGUCACUAAUGUUUUACAACAGUAACCUUUACUAUAAUAAAUACUUUUAAAAAAAUCUGCUUGAUUUGUGUUUAUAUGUAUGGGUAAGUCUUUAUGUGUUUUUAACCUGUGCAGAUAGGUUUUCUCUCUAGUUUAAAGCAGUUGGUACAUAAUGAUACAAUUAGUUUAACUGAAGAAAAUGAGAAACAUUUUUUUAUUUGGAAACAUAAGGAAACUUCAGAUGGUGUCGCAAGAAUUUAAUUUAAAAUGUGGGUUUCUGAAAAUGUAGUUGUUUUGUUUAAUUAACAUGGUGAAGACAUAAACCAAAAGGAAAAGAAGCAAACUCCUUUAUACCAGAUUGUAUCAAGUGCUUCCUCAGGCAGUAUUUAAAAAGUCAGAGUUGCGUAUCUGUGCCUGGAUGUGGCGCCAGUGUUAGUGCUUCUGUGACUGAAUCGGCCUGUGCAGGCAUACUUACAAAGACCAGCAAAGUCAGUACAUUAAGUGCCUGAGGGUUGGUCAUUUCAAUACUCUGAAAGUCUUUCAAGGCAGGAUAUAGUUUAAUAGUAGACCACGUUGGGGCAUUUCACAUCUGUUAUCACUGCUGAUCUUCUGUGUGAAGGGGUAGUCUCCAUUUUUUUCACUUGCUCUGUCCAAUAUGGUUGCCACUAGUCACAUGGCUACUUAAGUUAAUUAAAAUUAAGUACAAUAAAAAAUUCAGUUUCUCAGUCACGCUAGCUACACUUCAAGUGCUCAACAGUCACGUGUGGCUAGUGGCUAUCAUACCAGACAGUAUAUAGAACAUUUCUGUCACCACACCAAGUUCUGUUGGACAGCACUGGUCUAGAUAGACUGUCUCAGGCUGAGUGAGUUGCUCAUUUGUGGCAUAGGAUUUUAAAUUCAGGUUUUUCUGAUACUAAGACUUAGGCCCUUUACUACUAUCAUCUCCCUGUCAUUAACAUAUUUUGAAGAGAUUUUGGGCAGAACAGGGGCAGAACAGAGGCAGAACCAGGUUCUAACAGCAGGAAGGAGAAAUUGAGGGGCAGGAGAGCAGUGAGAGAAGACGUUUUGGAGAGGCCAGGACCUGGCAGACAAUAUGCAGGGUUGCAGGGCGGCAGGGUGGGUGUAUUGAAAAGCCUUGACUCCUUCCUUCUUCUAACACCUUUUAUUUUAUUUUGAAGUCUUUACCACUGGCAGCUCAGCGUACUACCUUUACAAAAACGUUUACAAGGCUAGGCUGGUGGCUUAUGCCUCUAAUCCCAACAUUUUGGAAGGCUGAGACAGUAGGAUUGCUUGAGUCCAAGAGUUCAAGACCAGCCUGAGCAACAUAGUGAGACCCUGUCUCUACAAAACAAAACAAAAAUUUAAGUUUAUAAAAGAUUUUUACCAAAAAACCUCCCUGGUCUUCCCAUUCCACCCCCUAGUUUUGCUUCAAUGCCAUUGGAAGACCAGGAAACAAUCUAACAGGGACUCUGAGGCUUGUUAAACUCACAUUUGGGUUUGCUUUCAUGGAUUUGGGGGUUGUGGUUUGUUUUCAUUUUUCUUGAGUAAAAGUCUUCUUUUAAUGGCCAUAUUUUAUCUGCUAGAAAAAUAUUUUGUGUCAUGUCCAAAAGCAAAGCAAUUAUUUUUAGGCAUUGGUCUUUGAACUGUAGUUAUUAGAGGUCAAAAUCCGUGAUUUGCAGUGGUUGUCGUGUACCUAAGCAAACACUUGCGAGUACAGUUUGAUUCCGUCUUUAUGGAGACCAACCCCAGGAAGAGAGUCUUGCCUUUGACAUGGCAAGUCCACGUUUGUUUCAUUUUAUUAAUUCAAAGUGGCAUAAUAAUGUGGAAAGAGUAUAGCCUAGAGCUGAAGUUUGGCACAGCAAGUUAAGUUCUUGAGCCUCAGUUUCCUCACCUUAAAACUUGAGGCUAUUACUUGUCUUAGUUAUUUAAUUAGAUAUUUCAGAUGUACAAAAAAUAGAAAAUAUACCAGCUGUAUUAUUAAACUAGGUGUGCCUAUUACCCAGUUUAAUAACUAAAGCAUUACCAAUGCAACUGAAUACCCAUAUACCCUCCCUGUUCCCUUCCCCUCCCUUGUGCAACUAAUCACUAAUGUGUAUUUGAUAUUUAUCAUUCCCAUGUGCAAGUUUGUAUUAUUUUACUUUUGAUAUAUAUCAAAAAAGUACAGUAUUAUUUUAAAAUUUAAAUGUUAUCACAUUCUGUGUAUCCUUCCUACAUCAUGGUUUUCCCCCACUCAACAAUGUUUUUUGAUCUAGGUUGGUAUGUGUAUCUCCAGUUUCUUUAACUUUUGCAUUCAACCACACAAAUUUAGCUGCACAUAUCCCUAGUUUUCAGAUGAUCAUCAAUACAUCAGUGGCUCUAAUGAACAUCUUUGGUGUAUGUCCCUUGAGUUUAUGUUCAAGAGUUUCUCUUGGGCCUUGGUAUUUUAAGUGUGCCCCUGUACCAACAGCAAUGACAUCACCUGGGAGCUUGUUAGAAAUUAAGAAUCGCGGGUUCUUCCCCAGGCCUAUUGAAGGAGAAUCUGUGUUUUAACAAGACCCCCGUGGUGAUUUGUACAUCAAAGAUUUAGAAGCACUGUUCCAGGUCUAUUGAGGAGCAGAAUUGCUAAAUCAAAGGGUGCAUCUUCAAUACUAUUAUAUAUUUGCCAGACUGCCCUCCAGGGCAGUUGUGCUGUUGUAUACUUUGGCCAGCAGUAGAGUUUUCUUUUCCUAAUAGUUUCACCACACUUGAUAUACGGUCAGGCUUUUAAAGUUUUGCCAAUCUGAGGGUUUAAACAAUAUUGCAUUUUAAUCUUAUUUUUUCUCAUUUUGUUUUCUCAUUUUAUUUUUUUAGUAUCUUACAUGUUUAUUGUCGAUUCAGGUUUCCUUUUCUGAGAAUUGUCUUUUUGUUUCUUUUGCUUAUUUUUCUGUUGAGUUGUUUGACAAUUUCUAAUAGAUUUUUAGUAGUUCUACAUAUAUCACAGAACUAAUCCUUUGUUGCCUUUCCCUUACAGCAAUAUGAAAUAUGCAAUAUAUCAAGUCUCCCAGGCAUCCCUUCAAUUUAACACAUAGUACCUACUUCCUUUAGUGAGUUAUGAGGGUAGGGACCACAUACCACUGUCUCCUCCAGGACCUAGCAUACCCCUCAUAGAUGGUAGGCAGUGAGAUUCAUAUUACUGCAGCUCAAAGGAGAGGGCUGGGCUGGAGAUAUACAUGUGGACAUCAUGAGCACAUGCGGGAGAUUUAAAGCUAUGGAAAUGGGUAAGAUCAACUAGAGAGCUUGUAAAGAAAGUAGAAAGGGAACUUAAAAUUAAACCCCAAAGAGCUACAACAUUUCUGACUGGCUAAGGCCAACAGAAGCCUUAAUUAAGUCAGGAAAUUUGGAAGUUAUAAAACAAAAGACAAACAUAUUUGACUAGGAAUUUUGUAUGGCAAAAUAUACCAUUAAAAAAGCCAGUAUACAAACAAUAGAUUUGGGGAAAAUGUUUGCAAUGUAGAUAAAAAGAGCCAACAUACAUAUAAAGGGCUCUUACAAAUUGAUAAGCCACGCUAAUCACAAAAUGGACAAAUCAUAGAAAUAGAAGAGGAAAUCCAAAGAGCCAACAAAUUUUUAAAAUAAGUUAAUUAGUAGUUAGGGAAAUUAUUUUAACAAUGAAACCAGCAGAAAAAGAAAAAAAAGAAGCAAUGAUAUAUUUUUGUCUAAGAUGUGGUAGAAAGAGUACCCACCUCACACUUUGAUGGUGAAAAUAGGUAUUAAAAGUUCUUAGGAAACCAAUCUGACAGUAUUAAACAUUCCAUUUGAUAAAGUAGGAAUUUUAUAAAAUUCCAUUUUAUAAAAACAGGCAAAACCUAAUAUAUAUAUAGUCUUUGAAGUUCACAAAAUGCGCACUUUACAGGGGAGUUAGUAACUAGAAGGUGGUGUGAAAGGAACUUCUGAGACUGGUAAUUUUCUAUUUUUGAUCUGGGUGCUGGUCACAAAGACAAUUCAGUUUGUGAAAAAUAAGCUAUAUUCCUAUAUGAUUUUUAUCUUUAUGUUAUGUUCUAAAAGAAUGUUAAACUUCAAUAAAGAUUUUAAAAUGUACUUACAAUAAAGAUUUUAAAAUGUACUUACAAUAAAGUUU